AUGGUGCAGUUGCGGCGGGGGAAAUUGCGGGCGGGUGGCGGUGCAGAAGGGGCAGCGAGAUGCGUGGGUGACGCGGAAGCAGGUGCGUUCUUCCACCUGCGGGAGCUCUUCUCAUUCCCAUCGCCUCCCUUUCCCCAUCCGUUCUCUUCCCACCGCUCCACACUGCACAUUACCAGGUGGGGGCAGACCUACCUCACUCGCGAGUUCUUUCAUCUGCUGGUCGAGCGACUAGGAGAGAAGGUGCUGGUGGUGGUGGCGGAGGAUGAGGCAGGGCGCAUGACCUACCUCACUCGCGAGUUCUUCCACCUUCUAGGCGAGAGACUUGGAGAGAAGGUGCUGCUGGUGGUGGCGGAGGAUGGCACAGGGCGCAUGGUGGGGGGUGCACUGAACCUGAACAUGAGUUGGAGUGGGGAUGAGACAGGGCGCAUGGUGGGGGGUGCGCUGAACCUGGUGGGAGGGGAGGCGGUGUUUGGGCGCAACUGGGGGGCGCUGCCUGGCACGCACUACCCUUUCCUGCACUUUGAAGCAAGCAUAGUGUUAUACGACGCCAUGGUGCGUCCCGCUUCGGAGUAUUGGGAGCAUGUCAAGAAGAUUAAGGAUGCAGACGAGCGGGUAGUCGGUGCAACCUGCAUCCAUUGCACACUUCCUGUGACGGCUAAUGCGACUAGGAUCCGCGAGCACAUAUUCGGCACUAACAAGAAGGAUAAAAACGUCGCGAUGUGCAAGUCGGACUACGCUAAGCAGCGGCGGGCGACAGCCGAUCAGGAGCGCUCAUCCACGGGAAAUGGUUCGGGUGGUACGGGAGGAUCAAACCGUGCCUCCACGUCCACGGUGGAAACGACGCCCGCGCGUCGCUCUCGGCAGCGAGAUAUCCGCGAAAUGACGGAUGAAGUUGCGCAGACUCGGCUGGAUUACCUGUGGGCUGCUGCAGUUGCCGAGAACGACCUCGCCUUCAACGUCAGCAAGUCGAAGUCGAUCCAGGCGUUCGUUGACGCGGUGAUCGUGUACGCGAAACCGUACACCCUCCCCACCCCGUACAAGGUAUCCGGCCCGCUGCUCGACAAGCUGAAGGCGGACUCGGAGGACCUUGUGCGGCCGUUGAAGGACAGUUGGAAGACAAGCGGGUGCACGCUCUCAAUCAAUGGGUGGACGUGCAUCAAAUCCCGCGGUUUGGUGUGUGUGAUCGCGCUGAAUGACACUGCACCCGUCAUCGUCGACAUCGUCGAUUCGAAGACCGCAAGGAAAACCCGGGACUACUUGGCGGGUCUAAUUGAUGGAGCGAUCAAGACGGUGGGGCCGAAGCAUGUCGUCCAAGUCGUGAUGGACAACGCCUCGAACAACAAGAACGCCGCCAACAAGCUACGCGUGGAGUAUCCGCAUAUCUUCUUCACCAACUGUGCCGCCCACUGCCUAGAUCUCAUGUUGCACGACAUCGGCAACAUCCCGGCUGUUAAGCGCGUCCUUGCUCAGGUGCACAGCGUGGUGAUGAUGAUCAAAGGCUCCGCUUCGGCCGUCGUUUUGUUCCGUGAGCUUUUUACCAAGCUCUCGUUGGUGCGGCCGGGUGCAACGAGAUUCGGCACCCAGGUCAUCAUGCUCGGCAGGUUCCUGGAGGUGAAGCGCGCGUUGAGGGCGAUGGUUGUCAGCGAGGAGUGGGAUGAUGUGGCGGUGGCACGGACGGAGGAGGGGAUGGAGGUUAGGAAGCUGCUUUUGGAUGAUGUUUUUUGGGACUGUGGGACGGCCGUGUUGCGCCUCAUGACUCCGGUCUACGAGGUUCUUCGCGCCGUUGACACACGGGCUCAACUCAUGGGGCAGCUGUACGGCCUCAUGCUUGAGGCCACGGUGAAGACGACUAAGGCGGCCGAGGAGGCUGGUAAUUCUCGUUAUACACUGUGCGCAGCAGCACACUUCAUCAAGCGGACGGGUCUGCUACUGCACAAGGACAAGAGCACCUUUCUCACCGCCAUCAAGUCGAUCAUAGCCAGGAGGUGGGACGCUCAACUGCACAACCCACUGCACGCCCUCGGUUGGCUUCUCAACCCCCGUAACCAGUACAUCGCGGAGGUAAGGAACGAUCCCGAGAUUAGGAAGGGGACGGAUGAGGUAAUCCAAGCCCGUGGGGGGGAUGUGCAGCAGCGCGUAACCCUAGCUGCACAGGUGGCUCAGUUUCACCGAGGGGAGGGCAGGCUGGGCUCUCACGAUGCCCGUUGGGCAGCAACGACCUUGGUGGCGGCGGGGCGCAUGACGGAUGCGGAAUGGUGGUUCCUGUUUGGUGGGGAUGUGCAGGCGCUCCAAGACCUGGCUGUGACGUCACUCUCACAGCCAGUCACCUCCUCCGAGGUGGAGCGCUAUUGGUCGGCGCUGGCACGUGUGCAGAGGCGCGACCGGAACCGCCUCACGGCGCAGAAGAUGACUGACGUCACCUUCGUCGCCUUCACCCGGCGGGCCCGUGAUGCCUUUGAUCGAAAGGCAGCCCUGCGUUCCAAGCUCUAUUCGGACCUGGGCAACGGCACCCUCAGGGAAGGGGCUGCCAUCAUCCCGGCCGAAGUGGAGGAGGAGGAAGGGGAUGCUGAAGAAGAGGGACAAGUGGAGGUGGAGGAAUGCACCAUUGAUUGGUCGGAAUUUGGAAGCAUCGGCAAGAAGAGGAAAGGGAAGGCGGGCAAUAGAGGCGGCAAUAGAAGCAGGGUUGGCACGGACAAUAGAGGCGGCAAUAGAAGCAGGGUUAGCAUGGGUGGAGGCGGGAGCACAGGGCGAGCACAAGCUACCACGAAGCUAUCUGCCCAUUAUGCCUUCCCCCUUGCCCGCAAUAGAGGCGGCAAUAGAAGCAGGGUUAGCACGGGUGGACGCGGGAGCGCAGGGAGAGCACAAGCUGCUGCGGGGCUAUCUGCCCACCGCCACCUACAGUGCUCUCACCACACCUUCCGGACUUGUCCCCCUUUCAAUCCGUCCCCCCAUCCCUGCGUUCCCCCCGUCCAUCGUUUUCCCCCGUCUCACCUUCCCAACCCAUUAUCUCCCCUUCAGGCAAUAGAGGCGGCCAUAGAAGCAGGGUUAGCACGGGUGGAGGCGGGAGCGCAGGGAGAGCACAAACUGCCGCAGGGCUAUCUGCCCACCGCCACCUACAGCACCAUGCGCUCCCGUUGCCUCUUCAUCCUCUCCCCCUUCCCACUUUCCCCCUUGUUUCCAUUUCCCCCUUGUUUCCAUUUCCCCCUUCCGCACUUCUCCCCUGCGCUUCAGGCAAUAGAGGCCGCAAUAGAAGCAGGGUUAGCACGAGUGGAGGCGGGGGCACAGGGCGAGCACAAGCUGCCGCGGGGCUAUCUCCCCACCGCCACCUACAGCGCCCACCACAUCCCUGACCCUGCCUUUCGCUCAGCAAUUGCCGGGUUCCUCGAACGGGAGACUGUACAGGUGCAAUACGCCCUUUCAGUUAUGGACCAAGAGGCAAACCCUUUCAAGAAGCCACCAACCACAGGCGCCUCAUAA